UAUACAAGUUUUGGCUUUAAACCCCUUUCCCCUCGCUUGCCGCUGCUCCGCCGUCGCCGCGCCCCGACCAGCAUCGGCGAAUACCUCCCGCGCACUCAACCGAUGGUUGUAGUUGAAUGUAAUCGAUUGGUGUUCCCUGGCACCAUCUUUGUCUGAGUUCCGAUUCUGGAAUUGCGGGAUUGGUUGGUCGGGUCCGGUGAGCACGCUCGGGGCGGCGCCGGCCGAUGGCGGAGCUGGUGGGGCCGCGCGUCUACAGUUGCUGCAACUGCCGGAACAACGUCUGCCUCCACGACGACAUCCUCUCAAAGGCUUUUCAGGGGAGAUACAGCCGUGCCUUUAUGUUCUCCCAUGCCAUGAAUGUAGUUGUGGGGGCGAAGGAGGAUCGGCAACUAACGAUAGGGCUACACAAGGUUGCUGAUAUCUACUGUAGUGAUUGCCGUGAGGUGUUGGGCUGGAAGUAUGAGAGAGCAUAUGAAGAAACGCAGAAAUACAAGGAAAGUUCAUAUUUGAGAAGUCAAAGAUUGUCAAAGAAAACUGGUAGUGUCCAAAUUGUGACUCAGCAAACGUUCUGGUGAAGAUGAAAUGUUAUAAUAUGCUUUUGGAUGUCUGCGUCCUUGUAGAUAGCUGUCCUCCAUGGAUUGCAGCCCGGAAGUGCUUUAAUGUUCUUGUUGUAGUGACAAUUGUAAAGCACACUUAUUUCUGUUCAUUUGUGUGAAUAAGAUACUGCAUAUGGUUAUUUGGCCUUGAAA